UGGUCAUACACAUUCCUCUGUAUUUGAGUUUAUGUUUAGAUUUUACACUCUUUGCAUUUAGGUAGACUUGAUUCUAUUACUUGUUAAAAUCCACUGGAUUUAACCGAGGGUUCCUAGACUCCAGACUGCAUUCUGAAUCCAGCAGGACGUUUGCUAGUAAAUAUUAACUGAGACUCGUAGUUCAGAGAAAAUUAAAUCAAUAAAGGGGAAAACAGUGGUUGCUAGAGAAACAUUUCAGAAGCAAAUUUCAACUUUACACAGCAAAGACAAAGUUUAAUGCCAAUUGUAUUAAAAGGACAUAGCUGAUCGUGAGCAGGUCCAUACGCAGUCUCCAAAGAAACUGACCCCGCAAACCACCGGUGUAUGAAGCACAGAAAAGGCGUUUUGACCUGGUGGCCAGAGGUUGAAGCCCCAUCAGCAGCAGAGGGUGCAAGUCUGAGACAGACCGAGCAAGACGUCUGAGCCGUGUGCACUCUCGAACAUGAGUGUGGUCACAGAGGGCUGCUUGCUUGUUCCCUACGCUUGCCCACAGCACUGACCGCUUCUUCCUGACCAUCACUGCCUGGCGGCGGGUGAACGCUCCUCUGACCGCUGCUUCGAUCCUCCCUUCCCCACUCUUUGGGAGCUACAACGGAAGCCAAAGUGCUGAAUGUGCGCUGGAGUGGGUUUGCCUCCACCAUGUUCCACUGGUGAUGAAUCCUUUGUAGCUGUUUGCUAAGAAACUGCUUAACUUGGUUUGAGGCCGAGCUUGGAUAAUGCAAGCAGUCUAAGUCCACCUUGUUGCUUACUGGGCCUCUACUUUGGAUUGGGCUGGGGUCUAAAUAAGAUCUGCCUCAUGCAGUAGAUGUUACUCUAGUUUCCACACUUCACUGUUUAUUUCCCCUUUUGCCUCACACUUUGGUAUCGGUGUGACUCUGCACUUUUGUGGUGUUGUGGAGAGCGUGCGCGCGCGUGUGUAAGCCGUCGUCAAGCAUGGGGUGCCGGCAGAGUUCAGAGGAAAAGGAGGCUGCGCGCCGAUCGCGGCGGAUCGACCGGCACCUUCGCUCCGAGAGCCAGCGGCAGCGGCGUGAGAUCAAGCUGCUCCUGCUCGGAACCAGCAACUCGGGCAAGAGCACCAUCGUCAAACAGAUGAAGAUCAUCCACAGCGGAGGGUUCAACCUGGAGGCCUGCAAGGAGUACAAGCCCCUGAUCCUCUACAACGCCAUCGACUCGCUCACGCGCAUCAUCCGAGCACUCGCCACGCUCAAGAUCGACUUCCGCAACCCCGACCGGGCCUACGACGCCGUGCAGCUCUUCGCCCUGACGGGUCCCGCAGAGAGCAAGGGUGAGAUCACACCUGAGCUGCUGGGCGUCAUGAAGCGUCUGUGGGGCGAUGCGGGGGUGCAGGAGUGCUUCCAGCGCUCCAACGAGUACCACCUGGAAGACAACACUGCCUACUACCUGAACGACCUGGACAGGAUCUCGGCGCCCGAGUACAUCCCCACCGUGGAGGACAUCCUGCGCUCCCGAGAUAUGACCACCGGCAUCGUGGAGAACAAGUUCACCUUCAAGGAGCUCACCUUCAAAAUGGUGGACGUGGGAGGCCAGCGCUCAGAGAGGAAGAAGUGGAUUCAUUGUUUCGAGGGUGUCACUGCCAUCAUCUUCUGCGUGGAACUGAGCGGCUAUGACCUGAAGUUGUAUGAAGACAACCAGACGAGUCGUAUGGCAGAGAGCUUGCGUCUGUUCGACUCCAUCUGCAACAACAAUUGGUUCACCAACACGUCACUCAUCCUCUUCCUCAACAAGAAGGACCUGCUGGCAGAGAAGAUCAAGCGCAUCCCUCUCACCGUCUGCUUCGCCGACUACAAGGGCCAGAACACCUACGAGGAGGCAGCCGUGUACGUGCAGCGCCAGUUCGAGGACCUCAAUCGCAACAAAGAGACCAAGGAAAUCUACUCCCACUUCACCUGCGCCACCGACACCAGCAACAUCCAGUUUGUGUUUGACGCCGUCACGGACGUGAUUAUCCAAAAUAAUCUCAAGUACAUUGGCCUGUGCUAGGACCAGGGGCAGGGGAGGAGCUACCCUCCACAGGAAGCGGGGUAUAUCUGACAGGUUUAACUUCACUCUCAAAGGACAUGGAAUCAAUGAUCAGACACGUUUGAGACUGGCACACUGGUAACUUCAGAGAGCGGUGGGUUCCCUGUGUUCUCUGGCCUCCUGAAUCCUGGUACCCCACUCGUCACAGUCAGUCUCUCGCCCUGCUCCAUCCUGUCAGAAGCUCCCACUCACCUUGUGUGAGUAUUGCUGCUUUGGGAGAAAACUGAAAGAAAAGAGUCUUAAAAGAGUUUAUUCUCUGAGAGGAGACAGGUCUUAGAGUAUGGAUAGAGUAUGGACUGGCCUGCUUAAUCCUGGGAACCUAUCAGGAAAAAGGACUGGCUUCCUUCCAAAGGCAGAAACUGCCAUAGUACAAUGCUGAUAUAAUAAUAUGGCUUUUACACACAUUUACAGUUGUUUUUCUUUUGGCUGUCUGACCCAUCAAAAAUGCUGUUUUAUUUUUUCUUUUUUUGUCUAAAACAGUAUGUACUUUAAUACCCUGUUUUAGAAAAAACAUCUUAUUUUCCAAGAGUGUUACACUGAACUGAGCAUUAAGUGUUUCAUAAAUAUCAUUUUACUUUCCAAAAGAAACGUAAAUAGUGCCAAUAUAAAUGUAAAUAAGAAACAGACCCGUCCAAAACCUUUUGGUUUUUAUUAAGAAUAAAAUGCUGAGUCAUUCUAA